AUGGUUGUUCUAAACCACUUCUUCUCUUUUAUCGGAAUUCAGAUUUGCCUCAACGACCGAGUCCCCGAAUUCCCCGACAAGACAAUGGAGAACUCAGAGCGGAGUCCUCUCUUAAACGGCAGGCGCCUCGAAACACACGUGACCCUAAAACCAGCUGCCUCUAACAGCUGGCAUGACGGUCACCCCCACGCAGUUGAACCCGAGUCGCGCCGAGAGAGCGAGGGUGUGGAGGUCACCACGAAAACCUACUUCACUCGCUUCUGGAUUCUGUUCAUCUUCUCCUUCCUCGCGUGGUUUCAGUGCGCCCAGUGGAACACGUGGGGCCCCAUCAGCGAGAGUGUGAGCGUCGCCUUCCCGGGAUGGGGCGCUGAGACGGUGGCCAUGAUGGGCAACUGGGGGACCAUCAUGUUCGUGGUGGGCAUCGUGCCCAUGUGCUGGCUCAUGGAGGCCAAGGGACUCCGUGCGGGCGUGCUUGCAUGUGCUGGCUUGAUCGCAGCGGGGACCAUCAUGAGGAUAAUCCCCUUCGCUACGAGCUCCGACGUGUUCUUCACCGUGAUGUCCCACUUAUGCGCUAUUUGUGUGGGUCUGGCAGCCACCCUGGUCAUGGCUGCUCCUCCCACCAUAGCCGCCGUGUGGUUUCCGCCCGAGGAGAGAACGACCGCUACAGCUGUUUCGCAGGUGUUGAACCAGCUGGGCAACGUCGGGAGUUACAUGGAGCCGCUGCUGGUCAGGUCGCCGAGGAACGGGACGACGACGGAGGAAAUUCGGAGUGAUAUCAAACGGCUGCUUUAUAUUGACGCUGCGAUUGCUGUCGCGUUGUUGGCGGCCAUCUUGGUGUAUUUCCCGAAGAAGCCUCCGCUGCCGCCGUCAGUUACGUCAUCCGUUGAAAGAUACGAUUUUCUGACGAGCAUAAAAAAGGUGUUCAGGAACAGUGACCCCUUCAAAAUACAAAAAAUGGGGGGAGGGCAGAAUGAAAUGUUACAAAAUCAGGUGGGUUCUCAUCUCCAUAGUGAUCUGGACCAAAAGGUGGAGACCAGCAGAAUGCACGAGUGA